AUGGCUUUAUUAGGAAAAACACUUAAAGGUAGAACAACUAAAGCUGGAGGCACAGAAUAAAAAAGAAACAUCAAAAUCAGAUAAAUUACUAAAUCAUAAUAAGAAUUUGAAGAAAGUCAAAAAUAGGCAUAAGUAAUUUAAGCAUUAGACAUAGUUUAAAAAAGAGUAACUGCGAAGCAAAAUUAGAGAAGAAUAAAAGAUUGUCAAUUUUAAUACAAAAAAACUUAUGGCAUAUUGGAGAAGAACUAUGAGAGCAGUUAAGACUGAAUAAUUGAAACUUGACAUAGAAUUAUAUUCAUAAAAUAAUAAAAGAGAAUUAGAUUCUAAAGAAGCAUUCAUUUAGAUGUUAGACAAGAAUUUAGAUGAAGCAGAAGAUUAAUAUUAAAUUGCUUUAAGAAAUCAUCUUAUACAUUUAGAAAACUUUCAUCUAUUAUAGGAAAGUAGAAAUAGAGCACUUUUAGAAGAAUUUGAAAGAGAUAUCAGAAUACUAUAAGAAGAAUUCUAAAUUGAAUUUGAUGAUAUGACUAAAACUCAUAAAUAAUAAGUUAAAGAGUUGGAAGACAUGAUUAAAACAGUGGAAGAAGAAGAAAAGAGAAAAGCAGAAUAAGCAAAAAAUUAGCAUUAAACUAAUAGAGAAGAAACUAAAAAUAAAGAUGUAGAGGAUACAAGUUAAAUGAAAUAAUAAUUAGAAGAUAAAUAAACUAAAUUUUAUAAUGAUUUAGAAUAAAUGCAUCAAAAAUAUUAAUCAGAUACUGCAAAGAAAACUGAAGAUCAUACUAAAUAUUAUGAUGCAAAUAAGGAUAUGUCUAAGAAAAUUGAAAGGUUAGUGAGAUCUAUUGCUAGUAAAAAAGCAAAAAUAGAUUUAACAAAAUAUAAAAUAUUGUAACAUACAAAAGAAUGUAAUGCAAGAAAUUAAGCUUUAAAAAAAGAAAAGGAGAAUAUUGCUAAGAAUUAUUAGGAUUUGAAAUAAAAAAUGAAUAAAUUUAGAGAAGAAUAAUAGAGAUUAUUAAAAGAAUUAGUUAACAAUAGUAGAAAUUCUGUUUUAAAAUUAACUGAAUAUAAGGAAUUAGGAGAAAAGAUACUUAAAACAGCUGAAUUAUGUAGAAGAUUGGAAACAGAAAGAGAAAAGGUAUUGCCUUUUUAUGAGGAUACAGUUGAUUUAGAUUAGAUUCCAGAGAAUUUGAAAAAUGACUUUGAAGCUAUUGAAAAAGAAUAAUAUGAAGAAUUUGCAUAUCUAAAUAAUUUCUAUAAAAGAUACAAUAAAGUAUUUAAAAUUAUAUUAUAUAUUAGGUUUUAUUAGAUAUUUUAGCAAUCUAAAAAUAAAAAGAGGCAUUAUAAAAUGAAAGUAAUUAAUUAUAAUCUUUACUCAAAUAAUAUUUGGAUGGAUUAUCUUGUAAUGAUGAUGUUUUAUCAAAUCCAAAUCCAUUAUUUGUUAAGAAUUUCAAUAUUGAUUUAGGUGAAAAAUAAGUAAUAGGUGAAUCUCAAUAAACAAUAAUUGAAGGAGUUUUUAAUGUAAGAAGUACAUAGAUGUAAUUAUAAGGAUAAAGAGUUGGACCAUUUUAAUGA